AUGAUCAUCCGAAGUCUGGACGAAUGUCACGCCUUUCACGCAGAAAUCCGAAACUCCAUCACGGGCACCACUAUCAGGAGGACCGCUGGUGGAGGCACUCGGAUCAUCGGGUCAGAGGUCAUCGGAUGGGAGGACCCAAGCAAGAGCUUCCAGGAGGCAGUCGGAUGGAUCAACCAGAAAAAGAGACUCAUUGAGACGGCAUCCUUCGGUGAUGAUGCGGAGACCAUCAGCCAACAAUUCCUCAAUCACAACAAGUUCCACAGUUCAAUCCAGAGAAGCCUGGAAGUAGACAGAGCACGGGAUGAACUGAUGCAGAGCAGAGAAAAGGCCGGACUCCACGCUCUGGACCAAGAGUGGGACAGUUUACAAAAAUUGUCCCAUGCGCGGUGCGGCUCAGCUGCGAGAGACCUGCAGAACAUCAUCGAGGAGAUCUCCAGAGCCAUCAUAUGGGUCAACGACAGAGAGGAAGAGGAGCUGGUGUUCGACUGGGGCGAUAAAAAACAUCGACAACUACAUCCUCCACGAAAACAGGAGAGCUACUCGAAACUGAUGAGUGAUCUUGAAGAGAAAGAGAAAGAGCUGAAUAAACUGAAGGCCAAGGUGGACAUCAUCCUGAAGAACCAGCACCCUGCAUCUGACAAGAUAGAGGCUUAUAUGGACACACUGCAAACCCAGUGGAGCGGGUUACUGCAGAUCACCAGUGCAUCCAUAUUCAUCUGAAGAGAGAACGCUGCUUACAGCCAAUUCUUCAAGAGGCCAAUGAGACGGGGAGGUACCACCAGACUGCAGAAAGACCACGAGAGCAUCCGUAAGAAGUUCAUCUGUGACAAGAACACACCUCUGGAGAAUCUGACAGAAAUGCUCAAAAACCUGGAGAAAGAAAAAGAGAAGAUCAUGGAGAGUAAGAGGCAGGUUCAGACGCUGGUCAGCAAGUCCAAGAACAUCGUGUGUCUGAAGCCUCGUAACCCAGAGGAGAAGAGCAGCGGCCCGGUCAUCGUCAAAGCCCUGUGUGACUUCAAACAGGACCAGAAGGGCAUUAUGAAAGGGAACGAGGGUAUCCUGAAAGACAACUCUCAGCGCAGUAAGUGGCACGUGACUGGACCUGGAGGACUGGAAAUGCUCAUCCCAUCAGUGUGUCUGCUCAUCCCACCUCCAAACCCUCUGAGCAUCAGUCUGGCAAACAAGAACGAGCAGUACUACGAAGCCAUCAUGUCCAUCUGGAGUCAGCUGUACAUCAACAUCAAGAGUCUGAUCUCCUGGCAGUACUGCAUGAAGGACAUUCAAUACAUCAACUCCCUCACACUCUCAAUGCUGUCACGAAUGCGUCCUGAAGAGUAUCGCAACAUUAUUAAGAACCUGGAGCUCCACUACCAGGAGUUCAUGCGGAACAGUCUCGGCUCGGAGAUGUUUAGCGAUGAAGACAAGAGGAAGAUGGAGAUGCAGUACGUGGGAGCUCAGACCCAUUAUGACCAGCUGGUGAUCCAACUGCCCAGCUACAGGGAGAAUGGAGGAGUAAGAACAGAAGUGAGUGAAGGUGGGCAGAUGGGAAGGCGGGCGGUGGUGACUAACGGGAAGCUGGUGAGCUUAGGGCUGAACGUGAGUCUGAUGUCAGAUCUGAGUGCUCUCAGACGCAGGGUGGAGGCGGCGGAGUCGGGCUUGAUCCAGCACCUCCACGUGCCUUUGACGGAGAACGGCGUACAGGAGUGCUCCCAAAAGACUGGUGCUGCUGCAGCAGUAAUCUUCUCACAGUUUUUUUUCUCACAAGAGAGAUUUGUCUGUGUUUCCAGGCUCACUGCUCUUCAGGCUCUGCUCCAGAACCUCCUGCAGGCUGAGGACAUCAUUAAAGUCCACGAGGCUCGCCUGACAGAAAAAGAGACUUCUUCUCUUGAUCUGAAAGAAGUGGAAAAGUACCUCAUGACUCUUAAGACGAUGAAAGCAGAGCUGGAGCAGAAGAAAGGUGUUUUGAAGGCUAUGGAGACUGAGCUGUCCAAGGCCGUGCACUGGAACAGUCAAAUAGACAAAUCUUUCCACCAGUGUGAUGUUGACCUGUCCAGAUACUCAGAGCUCACUGGACAGAUGACUGACCGCUGGCGCCGAAUUGUGGCUCAGAUUGAUAGCAGGGUAUGGGACCUGGAGAAACAGGAGAAACAGCUGAAUCACUACAAGCAAACCAACUCCAUAAUGAACAAAUGGAUUCAGGAAACACGUCAGCGCCAAGAUACCCUCCAGAUUACUAAAUUCAACAGUCUAGACAGUUUGAUGGACCACCUCAACCAACAAAAAGCACUGUAUUCUGAGAUCAAAGGAAAGAAAGAAAAAGUGGAUGAUGUGGUCAAAGAUGCAGACACAUGCGCUGCCUCCAUAAAGGACUAUGAGCUCCAGCUGGCAUCUUACAGUGCAGGACUGGAGACCCUGCUCAACAUUCCCAUCAAGAGGACUAUGCUGCAGUCUCCAGCCACUGAACUGAGGCAGGAGGCGGCAGAGCUGCAGUCACGCUACAUAGAGCUCUUGACGCGGUCAAGCGACUACUACAGAUUCCUUGGGGAAAUGAUGAAAAACAUGGAGGAGUUAAAGAUGCGGAACACUAAAAUUGACCUUUUGGAGGAAGAACUAAAACGUCUCAAGGACAACCUUAAAGAUCAAACACAAAAGAACAAGUCACUGGAGGAUAGUCUGGCUCGUUAUCGGCUGGAGCUGACCCAGUCUAAAGAAGAGCUUAUAUCUAUGGAGGAGAUCAAGAGAACCCAGGCUAGGCAAUGCAAUACUACUCAGGAAAGCCUGGACAGCACCCAGAAUCAGCUGAAGAAGUUACAAGAUGAGCUGUCCCACCUCACCUUCCUCAUCGAGGAGGAGAAACGCAAACGCAGGCUGGCUGAGGAGCGAUACACCAACCAGCAGGAGGAGUAUGAGCUCGCUGUACGCAAGAGACAGAAAGAACUGGAGGAGCUCAGUUUGUCCAAAAGUCAAUUUGAAAGGGCCAUCAAAGAAAAAGAGCGGGAGAUUGAACGGCUGAAAUUACAGCUGGAGGAUGAGGCCUCCCGCCGCAAUGCAGCAGAAUUAGAGACCUCAAAGGUAAGAACACAGUUGAACCAAGACAUAAAUAGCCUAAAGCAAACUUAUGAAUCUGAGAUCCACAUCACCAAGACCAGUGUGCUCAAGGCAACACAACAGAAGGAGGAGGAAUCGUCAACUCUGAGGUUUCAGCUGGAUAGGUUAAACUCUGAGAAAAGAGACCUGGAAGAGGAACUCAGAAAGCUUCAGCUUUCAUUCUCCCAAGUUGAAGUGGCACGAAGAAAAGCAGAAGAGGAUGCUCAUCAGCAGAGGUCUUCGGCAACCGAGGGUAGCAGGUUCAAGAAGGAACUGGAGUCACAGAUUCAGGUCAUAAUGCGUCAAAGGGAAGAGACUGAAACAAGACACAGGGUGGAACUGGCAGAGGCCAACAGAGUUGCUCAGGAAAAGACCCAUGAGAUUACCUUGCUGACCCAAAAUCUUCAAGACGAGACCAGGCGGAGGAAAGCCUUGGAAGUUGAGAAUGAGAGUCUCAGACAGUCUCAGUCUGAACUGCUCUCUAAGCACACUUCAACCACAGAGACCAUUAACAAGCUAAAGGUCUCUGAGCAAGAACUACUCAUUAUAAAGCGAGACAUGCAGACGCAAAAGAACGAAAAGAGCACAUUGGAACAGAAUGCCAUCAGGCUGCAGAGUCGCAUCAGUGAACUGCAGACAAAGGUGAACGAGUUGCAGGCUGAACUGGAAAAGGAGAAGAGGAGUAAUCAGGAUGAACUCACAAGGAGGAAAAGGAUCGAAACCGAGCUGGAGAGGGUCAAUCAGAUGUGCUGUGAAUACACCACUACCAUCAACACUCUAAGGGUCCAUCAAGAGCAGGAAAGUGCCUCUGGACGCAGGUAUGAGCAGGAGCUUCGCAAUUCGAAAGAUGAGUUGGAGAGAAGCCAGAAGGAGUAUAAAAUCACAGUCGAGAAUCUGAACAGAGUCAAUGCCGAAUUGAAAGCUUUGCAACAGCAGCUUCUGCGUGAACAAGCCCUUGUCCGUGAGGCCAAUCAACGCAACGAUACCCUCUACAAGACCUUAGAAGACAAGAGUCGAGUGCUAAAUGAGAGCACCAGCGAGAUCGAGAAGUUGCAAAGCCUCACCCAGAAUCUCACCAAAGAGCGUCUGCGGCUUGAGGAGGAACUGAGGACUGUGCGACUAGAGCGAGAUGAUGUGAAAAGAAGCCUGAGCACCAUUGAGAGUGAAAGCGUUUCCCGAUUGUCUGCCAUUCAAUUCCAGUUACAAACCAGCAAUAACAGAGCACUGGAACUGCAGGAACUAAUCAAUGAACUGACUAAAGAGAGAGAAAGUUUAAGGGUGGAAAUUGCCCAAAUCCAAAAGCAGUUCUCGGAGACAUCCAUGAUUGUCCAGCGAUCUGAUGCCAACUACAGAGAAAUUGUGCAAGAAAGAGAUAGUCUUCUAGUCAAACUGAAGCUGUCGCAACAAGACAAAGACAAGCAGCAGCGCUCCGAAGAGGAGCUCCGGCGCAUCAAACUCUCCUUGGAAACUGAGAUCAAACAGAAGCAACGUCUCCAGGACGAAAUUGAUAAAAUAACCAAGGAUUUCAAGUACUGGAAAAGCCAAUACGAGUUAAAGGAAGGGCAGAUCAGACAGAGUGAGGCAGAUCGAGACAAAGUACACAGAGACAAGGCCUCCUUGCAGAGUGAGAUCCAAAGAUUGACUGCUGAGCUGAGGAGUCUGGAAGAACGCUACAAGAGUCGUCUUCAGAGCUCGGACAAGGAGAUGUCAGAGCUCAUAAUGAAGAAGGAGGCUUUGGAAAGGGAACUGAAGUUAUUGCAACAGCGUCCAGUUCCAUGUUGUCGGUGUACACAAACCAGUCAGUCUGUCUCUGAUAGUAGCUAUCAGAAACUGACAGUGAAAGGUCUCCGUGGUGAGGUCUCUCUCACAGAGCUUGUAGACUCCAACCUGCUUGAUCAGACCGAUUUGGAUAAAGUAAACCGAGGACAACUAACAGGCAAAGAAAUUGAGGACAGACUCAGAUCGUACCUAGGUGGCUCUGAUUGCAUCGCUGGUAUCUACGAUGAGGCCAAUGAUAGGGUCUUACCCUUUUACCAGGCCAUGAAAGAUGGUCUACUUCGGCGAGGAACCACCCUGGAGCUCCUGGAAGCCCAGGCUGCCUCCGGUUUCAUAAUCGAUCCAGUCAACAAUGUCUGCAUGACAGUGGACGAAGCAUGGAGGAGAGCUCUUGUGGGAAAGGAGUUUAAAGACAAGCUUCUUUCUGCUGAAAAGGCUGUGACAGGAUACAAAGAUCCUGCAACAGGAAAGAUCAUCUCACUCUUUCAAGCAAUUGAGAAAGAGAUCAUAGAGAAGGGUCAUGGGAUUAGACUGCUUGAAGCUCAGAUAGCCAGUGGUGGCAUCAUUGAUCCUAAAGGGAGUCAUCGGAUUGAUGUGGAAGUAGCUUACAGGAAAGGUUACUUCGACCGCGAAAUGAACGAGAUUUUGACAUAUGAGGGCGAUGACACCAAAGGUUUCUUUGAUCCCAACACCCAUGAGAACCUCACAUAUCUGCAGUUGAAAAAGAGGUGCAUCAAAGACCCCAAGACUGGACUUAUCCUGUUGCCUUUGAAGGACAAGAAGAAGCCAAAGCAAAUGACGUCUCAAAAGAAUACAUUGCGCAAGAGGAGAGUGGUGAUUGUAGACCCUGACACCGGCAAAGAGAUGACCGUACGAGAAGCGUACCAUCGAGAGUUAAUCGACUAUGACACUUUCCUGGAACUUUCGGAACAAGAGUGUGAGUGGGAGGAGAUCACUAUCGAAACAUCUGAUGGCAGCAAGCGUUUACUUAUUGUCGAUCGCAAAACUGGAACCCAGUAUGACAUUCAAGAGUCCCUAGAUAGGGGAGUUAUUGAUAGACAAACUCUGGACAAGUACCGUGCUGGCACUCUGACACUCCACGAGUUUGCAGGUCUGAUCACAAGUAAAAGCAGUGGUUCUGAGCUUUCCAUCUGCACCAGCAGUCCAGAGGAUGUUGCUACUUGCAGCAGUCCAACACAGAUUGCGCCAUCAUCUCCAACCAUCCGCAAACGUUUUGCUAGCGUAUCCAUUACGCUCUCCCCUCCAACUGAUAUUUUUGAUGACCAGAGCCCCGUGGGAGCCAUUUUUGAUACAGAAACCCUUGAGAAGAUAACCAUCCCCGAGGCACAGCGACGUGGGAUAGUGGACAACAUCACAGCUCAGCGGCUCUUGGAAGCCCAGGUUUGCACUGGAGGGAUUGUCAAUCCUGCUACUGGCCAGAGACUCUCCCUGAAGGAUGCUGUACAACAAAGUAUUAUCGAUGAAGACAUGUCCGUCAAGCUAAAACCAGCACAGAAGGCUUAUGCCGGUUUUGAGGAUGUGAAAACCAAGAGGAAACUUUCAGCCGCAGAGGCCAUUAAGGAGAAAUGGUUGCCUUACGAGGCAGGGCAGAGGUUUCUGGAGUUCCAGUACCUGACGGGUGGACUCAUAGAGCCAGAAACUGGCCGCCGGGUGAGCAUUGAGGAGGCCAUCCGAAGAGGAUGGCUUGAUGGCAAAGGGGCACAGAAGCUGCAGGACACGAGGAACUACAUUAAGAACCUGACCUGUCCUAAAACCAAACUUAAAAUCUCAUACAAAGAUGCCAUGGAUAACUGCAUGGUGGAGGAGAACAAUGGCAUGAAGAUGCUCCAGGCUACUUCGAUGUCUUCCAAAGGCAUAAGCAGCCCCUACAACGUGUCCUCGGGAACAAACUCUCGUACAGGAUCCAGAGCAGGGUCUCGUACCGGCUCGAGAAGUGGAUCACGCAGAGGCAGUGUUGACUACACCUCUUCGGUUACUUACAGCUACAUGUCAUCUUAAUUAUAGUGUAAUUCCUAUGCUUAGAAUGUAAAAUUCACAUUUAAGAAUGAUUUUCUAUUCAGGAGGAUAUAAGUAUGGCUUUGGGAUACAGAAUGUAGAUUAACUUCUUUUACUAGCGCUGAUCAAUUGUCUUGGGUGUUUAAGAUGUUUUUAGAUUUUUAUGCUUUGUCAGUGUAUUGGAUAUUUGAUUAUUUACACAUGGGGAAUCUUAGAUUUAUUGUGACAUUUAACCAGUAGCGUACCGUGGGGUUUCAGUCAGGGCCUUCAGUAAGCAACUGUAAAUUAAAUACGCUUACACAUCUAUCUUACACAUCUCUGUUACAGCUAACGCAGCCAUAUGCAUAUAAUUCCCAUAUUAUGCCGCACACAGGCUCUCAACAACAAUGACAGCUGAUCAACAAUUUCAAAAGUAGGCUAGAUUAGGGUGGGUUAAAUGCAGAGUAAAUUUCCCUACAUGGAUCAGUAAAAGUAAUCCACCAAUACACGGUUCACUAUGCACAUUCACGUCACUCUUAAAUGACGACGCGCCCACAGCAGCAAAAGUGUACAAAUGCUGGACAUCCACACACCACGCCACAAUAUUAUCAACCACCACAUACACCUCCAUAACAAUGUGCAUGAUUCAAUACUCAUAAAAUAAUAAAGCACUCACCUGUCACUUUUAAAUAAAGUCCGUGCGUCUGGUAUUAAAAAGUAAACAUGACCAAAUAACUUGUGCUCGGUGCUAGCUGUCAGCCACUCAUAGCACUCAUAGUUGCAAUCUUUGAAAUGGCGCACAAAACCUUUGUUAGCGAAUUCAGUUUGGGUGUAGGUCUUGGUUUCUCAGUUAUUCCUCUUUUGUCUGCAAAAGAGCGCCUUGAAAAAGGCAUUUUUAGUAGAUUGGCAACAAGAUCUGGUGUAGGCGCUGGCGACCGCGGCUGUCAUUUUCCUUUUGUUGAAUUUCACUUGCAUACCUUGGAAAUUCCCAACUAAACGCUGGGGGUGGCACUGGGCACGACGCUAGACCAAGAGGGCGUGCUGUCAUUGAACGUCAAAAUUUGAUUGGCUGAUGAUUCUGUCACUAAUGCUCGUUACAAAUCAGAUGUGAUAUCUUUGAACAAAAGGGAAGCACUAUCUGUAGUGCAGGCUGCAGACUUUUUUUUAUUUUUUUAUGUAGGAUAUUCUAGUUCAACCUCAACAAAACUAAUCAUAGGGCAUUUUGUGGACAUUACACAAAUGGAAAUACCUAAACCACAAUUUUAUUUUAAUAGGGCCAGCAGAGAAGGCCCUGCUGACCCUAACGGACCACCACUGCAUUUAACAACGUUUUCAUUAUUCCUUAUUUGGUUUAUUCACUAGCCUAUAUGUUUUCUAAUAUUUUACUUUGCAUGUUUUAUUGACAUUUUAGAUUUAUUCAUUUAGCAGACACUUCUGUCUAAAACAACUUACAAAUAAGAAAUGCAAGAAGCAAUUCACCACCAGCAUUAUCCAUAGUUUAGAAAACUAUAUCAGAAAACAAGUACUUUUUUAUUUGAAACAUCUACUGACUUAGCUAGUAUACACAUGAAUCUACUAAUUUCAAAGUGGAAAUCUGAUAUUUUUCUUGAGAUUUGCAUUUAAUAAUCUGAUUGUGUUUAUAUGGAUCAAUUUCAAUAAAAACUAUCAAAUUAUAAACUA